CCGAGCAACAUCAGGAAGCUGACUCCGCGCCGCCCGUACCCCACCGUGCCCCGCUCGGUGUCUGCGACGGGCCCGCGCUCAACGCACCACGAGGGAAAGAACUUUAUCUGCAUCACGCGAAAGACCAAGCUCGGCGCGUACCUCCGGCGGUGCCAGGACCUCCUCCUCAAAGACGGGUACAAAACCCUGCACCUGAGUGCAAUGGGCGCGGCCAUCACGCACCUCUCGCUUCUCCUCGUCUCGCUGCCUCCCAUCCUACCGUACGCCGCGUCGGAGAUCCGGGUGGCGCUCACAACGGGCUCGCUGGAUGUGCAUGACGAGGUCACGCCAGAGGACGAGGAUGAGGACAUCAGAUACCGCACACGCACCAAGUCCACGCUCGCGGCUGUGCUCACGAUUGGGGAUGGGGAC